AUGGCAAGUUUGCUGAGCCCCUCGCUGCCCCUGUUGGCUGCUGUGGCCCUGACACUGGCCCUGGCUGUGAUUCCUGCAGCCAGUAUUAAUGCUGAAGCCAAGCAGGUGGCAGUAGGUGGAGUGGAGCCAGCUGACCCUAAGGAUAAGGAGGUGCAGAAAGUGGUAAACUUUGCUGUUAAAACCUACAAUGAUAUGGACAAUGACCUGUACCUUAGCAGGCCAAUACGAGUGAUGAGCGCCAGCCAGCAGGUUGUGGCUGGAAUGAACUACUACUUGAAAAUUGAGCUAGGCCGAACCACAUGUACCAAAGCUGAGUCUGGUUUGGCUGAUUGUCCCUUCAAUGAACAGUCAGAUCAGCAGAAGAGGGUCAUCUGUAAUUUCCAGAUCUACGUUGAACCUUUGCUGAACAAGAUGUCCACAACAAACUUCAAUUGUUAUAAUGCCUGA